AUGGUGGAGCAGUUGGAAUGCAUAUGGGCUUUUAUCUACAUGGUUCUUCAUCUAUUCCCUGUUCUUAGGAAGGCUGCUUAUCCCAUGGCUAUUUGCUCCAACACCUCGGCUUCUUCUCCACCAUGUUUAUCUUGGAAGAGGCUUGCGGAAUCGCCUGCUUUAGCUUCGAAGAAGGCUAGAGAUGGUUCAAGGGGACUAAGGAAAGAAGAAAUUGAAAGUGGUGGCUUACAAUCGGUUUUGACAGAAUUGGUUGUGGAGAAGGUGGAGAGGUUUUGCGAAGAGAAGCCGAAAGCUGGUGAAUGCUUGUCGGACACGGUGGCAUCGGGGGUGAAGAAGUUGAGAAAGAGGCCGGCGAAGAUCGUAAUUCCGUCAAACAACGAAUGUGGUGGUAAUGGCAGCUUGGGGAUUGGGGAGGCAUUUUUUAGGAAAGAUGAGGAUGUGGGAAGGGAUAUAGAGGUUGAAGGAAGUGGAUAUUGCUUGGCUAGUAGGAGAGGGACGAGGCAUAUGAUGGAGGAUGGUUACGGUGUCAUGACAAAUAUCCAUGGGGAUUCCAAACAGGCAUUCUUUGGAGUUUUUGAUGGACAUGGUGGAAGGGCGGCAGUAGACUUUCUGUCUGAGAAAUUAGGAAAUAAUAUAAUAACUGCUGUUGAAGAAGUAGAAGAGGAGAAUGAAGAUAGGUUGAAAUUGGCAAUCAAAGCGGGCUAUUUGCUAACAGACAAUGAAUUCAUUAAUAAGGGAGUGAGCAGUGGAGCAUGUGCAGCUACUGUGUUGCUUAAGAAUGGAGAACUGCAUGUAUCAAACGUUGGUGAUUGCAGAGUAGUCAUGAGCAGGAAAGGAAUAGCUGAUGCUCUAACCACCGAUCAUCGUCCUGGAAGAGAAGACGAGAGAGCUCGAAUCGAAAACUUGGGAGGCUAUGUGAGUUUCCAUAAUGGAGUGUGGAGAGUACAAGAUUCAUUAGCUAUUUCUAGAGCCAUUGGAGACGUCAACUUGAAGGAAUGGAUUAUUUCUGAGCCUGAGACUAGAAGGCUUCAAUUGACCCAAGACUGUGAAUUUCUCAUAAUGGCUUCGGAUGGCUUAUGGGAUAAGGUUAGCAAUCAAGAAGCAGUGGAUGUAGUUAUGAAGAAGGGGAAUUCGAUGCAGACAUGCAAAGAACUUGUGGAGAUCUCAUGCAAUAGAGGAAAUAGAGACGACAUAACUGUUAUGGUUGUGGAUCUUCAAACAUUUUGUACAGUUGGAUAGUGAGAAAGCAAGAUUAGGUUAUUGUAAUGAAGAAGUAAU